AGUUGUAGUAAGUAUUUUACUUUUUAUAUAAAAAUGGCUCCAUUGCCAAGUGCUCUCCGAGGAAAUUUAGCUGCGAGUGCUGAACAAGUUCUACAUCGUCCUCCAAUGUUUGAAAAGCAUUUCAAAUCGUCCAGGAAUAUUCAAUACAAACAAUUACAAGUUGAAAGAAAAUUCUCUCACUACGAACAGAAAAUCUUCAGCGCGCCCAUAGAUAGAUGCAAUACAAAAAUGCCAAGACGUUUGCAAACGAGCAAAGUAACACAACGCAUUCCAAACUCGAGGAUCGAUGAAGAAAGAAUAAAAUGGAAUGAACGACUGGCUGCUUGGUUGCAGGAAGAUAAGACGCCAUCGCUUGAAUAUAUCAAGAUAAGCGAUCAAUGUACUCCAAUUGAAAAGCAGCUAUAUUACUGCUCUGCAUGCCAUGAAUUUUUUCAUCUAAAUUUAAAAGAAAGAACAAAAAGAAUUGCUUGCCCCAGAUUUAAACACCAUGGUGAAGACCAUGUACGACCAGUUACUAUUAAGACGUCAAAAAGACGAAUCAGCAAGCGACCCCCAUUAGUCGCCCAAGAUCCGUUUGGGAAUAGACAGAAUUUGAAUAUUCCUUCACUGCAACCGCCUAAACUUUUCAAACGACAACCAAUGAAAGUUGUUGUCGAUGUACCUCGAUUACCAAGUCUUACGAAAACGACCGCCAGUGAAAAGACAGUGUCUCCUAGAACGAUCUCAAGAAAAGGCGAUAAAUCUCCAGGUCGUUCUUCAGAGGAUAUCGAAAAUACCAAGCCAAUAGAGCGGAAACCGUCACCCGUGAUACUGCCUAAUAUUUUCCAAUCACCAGCAGCAUACAGUAUGCCUGAAACUGAGUCACCCGAGUACACACCAGUUUUGGAGUUGGAAAUUUCCGAGGAACCUAUCAUUACUGAACAAAGUGAAAAGCCAGAGAUUGAUAUUACACCAAUUGAAGUAUCACCAGAACUUGUGGCUGAGCAUGGCUUGGAAAAUGCUAGUGCUUGUAUAGAAGAGUUUGAUCGUAAUUUCGUAGAGAACUCGUUUGAUGACGUAGCAUCAAACGUUGACGUAGCAUCAAACGUCGCAUCAGAGUUUUGUGAUGUAGAAUCGAUUGAGAAUGAUGAAGCAAAAUUAUCUGAUAUCGACGAAGAAGAGAUGUUUGAAUCGCAAAUUGAAAAUGACGCCGAUGUUAAUGGAUACUUCACUGACACAGAUAUUGAACUUGAUAUCCGAUCUCCCAGUAUUACGUCACAACAAGAAAGACAGGAAAGUAAAUCUCCGCCAGCAGUGCGACCCCGACCUCCUCCACCAGAUUUGCCAACAUUUCGCAUGAAAGAAUCUCCAGAAUUCCAAGAUUUCGGAAAGAAAGCCAAGCCACGAAUUCAACGACGACAAGCGAUGUUAUUGCCAACGUCUAAGCCAGAACCUAAACCGAAGUUGAAGGAGAAAGCACCAAAAACAAAAAGAAUGUCCAAGGAAGAGAUGACAAAACGAAUGCAGCGGGCCAAAGCUAUAGAUGGAUAUCGGAAAAGGUAUGAGUUCGGAACGGAGGAAUGGACAACAACAGACGAUGAUGAAAGUUCUGUGGCAUCAGAUGCAGACAUAUAUGAUGACUCGUUUCUCGAAAAAUAUUGCCUUGUUGAUCCUAAUCAUCUAGAAUAUUGCAAAAAGAGAUUCCAUAAAUAUGACAAAGACAAGGACGGAUAUUUAACAAGCGAAGAAGUUGUUAAUUUAAUUCAUAAAAUGUUUUCACCUAGAGUACUGGAUGACGUUCAUAUGUGCUAUAUAUUUAGGAUACUUGAAACGACAAGUUAUGACGUAUUUACUGACAAAAUGAAUCUGAAACUGUUUGCAAUAGUAACUGCACUUGCAAAAAAGAUUAGUCAACUCGAUAACCAUAUGAAGUAUUUAAUUGGGCGAGUCAACAUUGAAGUUGUUGAUUGGAAACUUUGUCGCGCAAGACAAUUAUUCGAACAAACGAUGAGAAGAAACGCACAAGGAAAUUAUAGAGUACCGAUGGAAUCUCUGUGGCUGGAACUUCAUGCUGGCGGAAUAUCGGAAGAACAUGAAAACCAGGCAAGACGAACACUUGCUCACAUGAAAGAAAUGGAUUUAAUGGAUUUUUUGACUUACCUUCCUCUGUUUCUUCUCGUCCACUCUCAAGUAGUGAAAAAUCCACUCAAUUCAGAUAGACAUAUUUAACAAAAAUGACGUUAUAAAGUGCACGAAGUAUAAUAUUGUAGCAAAUUUCAGUUAUAACUAUAUUGAAUUGCACUUAAACGAGAAUUAAUGGAAUCAUGAAAGCUCUUAUCUCUCGUUCAUGUUGAUAAUCAGGAGGAAAGAGACCACUAAUGCAAAUAUCGACAGGAUACCUGCAGAUUUUAAGAUUCGAAUUUAAAAGAAAAAGACAAUUAUAUGUAAAAACACCAUUUUAGUUUUAUCGUCGCCAAGAGUGAUUACUGCUGAUAUCAUUUCUAGAGUAAAACAACUUUUGACUUUUGAGUAGUCAAAUUUUGAAAUAAAAUUGUGAUUGUGCACCAA